AUGCAGUUUGAAGACAUCUCAGAUUCGGAGCCCGGUUGCAGCUCGAUGGAAGAGGAAAAUGUUUUGGUGGACUCGAUGCCGGAGGAUGAUCCAAACGGGAACGUCAACGUUCAAAUGGGAGCCGCUGUGCCAAGAUGGGGCCCACAGCACGCCGGAGCCCGGGAACUCGCUGGAAUGUACAGCAGAGAGAAACGUCUCCAAGAGCGAUUUUCCAUAGGCGCCUCGUCGAUUCUCUUCACUUUCGUCAUUUUUCGUUUGAUCUCCACGUGGUCUUCUGACAAUUGGAAAAGCGUUCCGAUUGCCGCUUUUCUUGGGAUACUCACCGCUGAUUUCGCCUCUGGACUCGUGCAUUGGGGCGCGGACACUUUCGGCAGCGCCGAGACAUUCAUCGGAAGGAAUUUCAUUCGUCCUUUUCGAGAGCAUCACGUCGACCCGACAGCCAUCACUCGCCACGAUUUCAUUGAGUGUAAUGGCGACAAUUUUCUCCUCUGCAUUCCAAAUUUGGCCCACAUUUUGUAUCAGCAUUUCACCUACACGAGAGAAGAGAUCCACGAAUGGGCCUUCAUCCAUUGGUAUUUAUUGCUGUUGGGUGUUUAUGUGGCAAUGACGAAUCAGGUGUGU